CCGCCUUUCCGCCGUGCUCCCCCCGUGUCCCCGCGCUCCCCGUGCUGCCCCGGUCACCGCUGCGAUCAGCCGGGCAGGCUCCGCGCGCCGCGUCCCGCCGCUGAUCGUGUUUCGUCCGUGAUUAAUUAUAGAUGGGGACACGCGGCGGGGGGAGCGCGGGGCUCCGGCGCCUCCUCUGCACCGUGCCGGGGGUGUCCCAGCCCUGGGGGUCCCAAAUGGGCGAGGGGCACCGGGGGGCUGGGGCGGGACGGCUCGGGAUGGGUUUUGGGGGUGCCCAGAGGAGCCCCCCCGCGCUGCCCCCGGCUCAGCCCGGGCUCAGAUUCCUUUUGUGCGGUGCAAGUGGCCGCUGAAACUUUAAUGAAGCCACCGGAUCGCCGGCUCGCCCGUCCGGCCCGCCCCGCUGCCCGCGGCUCCGGCCCCGCUGAGCCCCUCGCCAUGGCCCAGGGCUUCUGGAGGCUCUACAAAGCCAAAGUGCUGCAGAGCCUGGGGGGGCCGCGGCCGGACGGGGCCCUGCAGGACGAGGGAGACCCCCCCGAGCUGAUGGAGACGGCCGAGCCCCCCGCGCUGAUGGAGGAGGGAGCCAGCCCCGUGUCCCAGCUGGCCAGGAAGGUGCAGGGGGUGGGUGCCCGGGGCUGGCGGACGCUUUCAUCCUUCUUCAGCCGCGAGGACGAGCACCAGCUGCUCGGCCCGGAGCCCUGCCCAGACCACCCUCUGGCCACUGAGCCGUCCGAGAUGCCCCACACCGAGAAGGCGCCUGGAUUUUGGGAUCUCUUUGCCACCAAGUGGCAGCAGGCGUCGGGGCCGGACAAGGGGGUGCCCCCCCCGGAGCCGGGUGACAGCCCCGGGGAGCCGCCGGGUGACGACGGCAGCGACCUGCGGGAGCCAGAGGAAGGGGCCUUCCACUGGGGCUUCCUGGCUGGCAAACUGGCCGAAAUCCGGAAUAAAACCGCCCCCAAGGGCAACUAGAGGAGGAUGAACCAGCCGGACUCUCCAAAAGUUAUUUGCGGCCCCCCAUUGCUGGUGGGCAGCGCCCCGCCCGUGCCCGAGGGCUCUGCUGUGGGUUUGGGGGUCACAUCUGCACUAAAGA